UGGAGUCAUGGAUGUCAUGUCAUGGGUGGAAUAAUUAUUAUUGAGUUUUGUAACUAAUCUGAAUUUGUUAUCAUAUCAUUUUGUCUGAAAGUCUUGAUUUUAUUGUGAUUCCGACAGUGUAAAUAAUAGGAUCGUGUUUAUUGUAGUAGAUUAGUGUUUCAUGUUAUUUUGUUGGAAUAUUUUAUACAUUUUCAAAUAAAAUUAUUUGUUGUUUUUCGAGUUCAUCAUGGGGAGUGAAAAAGAUCGAAUGUCGGAUCCGGGCGAAAGUGAAGAUAUACCAAGUGAUUUCUUUGACGAUUUUAACAGAGAUGAUUUUAUGGAAGGGUUAAGUGUUAUAGAUAGCUGGGAUGAAGAAGAUGGUGCCGGCAAGCGACGUGAGUCGCGUCGUAUCAACAUGGAGGCUAUCGACAACGUGAAGGACCUUCGUGAACUUAUUGGAGGAGAACCUAACAAGGAGGAACCAGAAAAACCGUCCAAGUCGUUCGUAAAGUUUGAUGAUAGGUUCAAGUGGCGCAAACAGGAGUCUCCGCAGCAGAGAUCUUCGAGCAGCUCUCAUAUGAAUGAUUUCAUCAAACCUGGUAGCAGACGUGAUCCUAGCAAGACUAAUGAAGCCAUCAAGAAAGAUAAGGAAGUUAAAGUUAAAGAAUACCUUGCGAAGCACUUGGAGUCUACUGAUGAUCUUCGACCUCCAGGGACUGAACUUGAUGAUUAUUUCGACGAAGAUAAAUCUAAAGAAGCUAAGAAAACUCCAAAACGUGUUGUGGAAGAAACCUUGGAUGAGCCACUCAACCCUGUGCAGGAACGGCAUGUUCGGGAAUCACCACCUCACUAUCGCAGCCCACGUCGUCAAAGUCCACGCCGCGCAAGUCCCCGCCGCUACAGCCCUCGUAGAAGAUAUAGUCCUAGAUGGAGUCCACGUCCACAUUAUCAACCACAUCCAUCUCACAUACACCAGUACCGACCUCGAUUCAGUCCACACAAAUUCUACAGAAAACGGUACAGUCCACCACGGCGCAGCCCACAACGACGUAGCCCACAAAGACGCAGUCCACCACGACGCAGCCCACCACGACGCAGCCCACAUCGUCGAUACAGUCCACAUCGGUCCCAUGAGCGCAGCCCUCGACGUCGUCGACCAUCCAGAUCUCCUACAAGGCGCCAUUAUGAUUCUAAAAGGGGACAUUCAAGAUCACGUUCCCCACAUCAAAAAGAUACUUUCCUAUAUCCAAAUGAACCAGGAAUGUCAGCGUAUCCUGUAGAACCUUAUAGUACUGAACCAGCACAGCUGUAUACUGCUCCUGUGCAAAGUGAAUUUCCUGGAAAUGUACCAGGAUAUACAUACCCACAAGGAGUAGCAUAUGGUGGUGGUUUUCCUGCUCCAUAUAACUAUAACUUAGCACCUGGUGCACCUAGUGGAAUGCCGGAGCCAGUACCAAUGCCCUCUAUAAACCCAAUUCCAGCAGCUUUAAAUGUAGCCCCAGCACCGGCCAUGGUACCAGCUCCUGCCCUCCCAGUUAUAGAGCAGAAAACACCAUAUGAUGCGUUGGCACAAUUAGUUGCAGAAGGGAAGAUUUCUCAAGAAGAUUAUCUUAAGCUUGCUCCUAAUAAAGGUGCAAGCAGUGUAAUGGAUUCAAAAACUUUAAGUGGAGUUAUGUCUCGGUGCAAUCAAGCUUUAGUCAAGUUAGAAAAAUUGCUCCUGCCCAACCACUUGAUGAUGAACAACCAUAUUGUCAAAUCAGAACCCAAGGCCUUGGAAUCAAAGUUUUGUUCGCCGCUGAAGAGACAAGCCACCAUAGAGUUCAACUUUACGAAAUCCAACGGACCUGUUCUGGCGCAGCAAAACAAGCAGCUUGUGGAGAGCAUUAUCACUACAAUUGGAUUGGAUAAGGUGGUAUCCAGAUAUAAAAAGAAACUCCCCAAAGACAUGAAGGAUGCGGCCGUCCAGACGACAAAACCGUUUUGUGAUGUGUGUGAAAUUCGCGAAUCUACAAGUUUCCAAGAAGCCAGUACUUCCACAGAACCUGAAUAUUUUAGUUCAUCAGUUCAUACUCAAGUUGUAGAACAGGAUUUGGUUAAUUCGAAAUCUGUUUUUAACCCAACCGGCAGCAUCUCCGAUGGAGCAUCCAUCUCUAUAGCUCAUCUGACUCCCGCGCAGUUGGUAUCCCAGCUAGCCGCGCGCGCGAAGACCUUGCAGCAAACCUCGCCUGUACCGCAGCCAAUGCAUCCGAAUCAAUAUGGUAGAAGAAACCCCAACUAUGACUAUGACGGCAGAGGCGGCGGCGGCCAACAGCAGUAUCACCAUAAUUACAAUAACUAUCGUUAUUAAAAUAACCUGUAAAUGAGCUGCAUAUCUGUUUUAAAAUUACAUACUUAGCAUAGGUAUUUCAAGCAAAAACUAAUGAACGUAAUGUUGCGAAUAUAUUAGUUAAGUUAAAAAUAAACCUAAUGUCCUCAUGAGUAAUUUGUUUGGCUGUACCUAUGUUUCCGUUUUUUUUGUUUUUAUAUUUUGAUCGUGAUAGUUUUACCAUAAAUGUUGUUAAAACAGAGUUCAAUAGUUCUAUAAUUGUGGUGACUGUGUUUUGUUGAAAUAGAUUUUAAGUACUGUACAUAUUAUGUCGACAAAAUUGUGAAGUUUUGUUGUUUAGAAUAAGGUGGUGUUGUUUUAUCAAAGGUUUUGAUAAAAACUAAACUGCAUUUUUAUGCCAGAGCAACACUGGUAAAUUUUAUAUUUUUACUCAAGUUGAUGGCCGAAUAACUGCUGUUUUACGGAUACUUUACGGAGUCAUUGCAAAUGUGAAAAAAUGUUAUAUGGAAAUGGAACUUCUUCUUGCUCGGUGUCUUCGACGAGCCCUGCAUACCUACUGGUCCUGACAAGCCGAGGCGUCUCAACUCGAAAGAAAAAUAAGAAGAUUGAAAUUUGAAGUUUUUUGUGCUAGAUUACCUAUUGAAGUGAAAGCAAAAAUUGUAUGUCCAAUCCAAUAUGAUUGCAAAUACCUUCAGAAAUCUGUACCUACGUAGGUAUUACUUCAAUCUUAUACCUCAGCUUACUAGAGCGAACUGAUUGUAAUGAAGACGUGAUCAUAUUGGAUUGGAUUUUUAAUUAUGACUUCACUGUAAUUUCAUUCCUAUUCCUAUUUCUUUUGUACUUAUUUCAUUGUUACUAAAUGUUCAUCAAAAUAGAAUACUUACCUAGACUAAAGAGAUAUAGCACCGUCUUAUACGGGUACCUAUUUGUGUAGUAAACUUAUAUUAGCGUUAAUUUUUCUUUAUUUACCUUUUCUGAUUAGAUGGAUAUAUGUAACAAAUAAAUGGUAAAAUAUGUUUAAGGUGAAAUCUAAGAAAGAAAAUUUUUAUACUCACCGACUCUAUACACCAUACUGAAAAGGUAAUUUUGGUAACUCUUAACAUUACUAAUUACCUAAUGUUGGGUAGUUUGACAUUGACUUACUUUCUGCGAAUACUGCGAGUAGUGUUCAGACAUCCAAAACCAAAAAAUGUUUUACAAAGUUUAUAUAACUAUUCAUAGAACUUAAGUCAGUCUUAUAUUAUGGGUGUUAUGUUCUAUUGUCAUUAGAUUAAUAAACAAAUAGGUGUUAGAAAUUAAAGUAAAAGAUAAAACAAAACGUCUGUGCAAUUUUAUAGGUGUUUAUAAAAUGUCUCAAAGAAUAAAAGUUACAAAAUGUUUUUAUUUGUUUAUUACGAAAUGUUAUUCCUCAACUGUAACAGAAGACUCAAGAAAUACACACUUCGAAGCGUAA